CGUUUGUGGACUCCAACUCCCACAAUGCCUCACCACCGAAGGGGGCGGGACUUCCUCCCUGGCAGGAAGCGGUGGCUGACAGGAGCAAGAAGAGCAGGAAGGAGUUUGGGAAAUGGCAUCCAGAUGCCCCCUCGUUCAAGAUCGGGUGGAAAGGGACACCAUGGAGCCUCCCGUCCCACUUCUUUGGGGUCUUGCAGGAGGAUCCCAAGAGAACCCGGUCCGCGUCUCCUUUGCGGAGGUGGCGGUGCUCUUCUCCGAGGCGGAGUGGGGCCUCCUGGGUCCGGAGCAGAGGAGCCUCUACAAGGAGGUCAUGAUGGAGAACUAUGGCCACACCACCUCCCCAGGAUCUCCGAAGCCGGCCCUCAUUUCCUGCCUGGAGGACGGAGGAGACCCCUUCGACCUGGGAUGGAUGGACAGGGACGGACCUGCAGGAAGCAACGAGGAAGAAGACGUGUUUCCUCCAGAGACAAUUAGGCCUGAAGCAGGAAAAGAGGGGUUGGGAAGUGAACCAAAUGUCCAAAGGGACCGAUCCAAGAAAGGAAAAAAGAAGCCAUUGACUUCUCAGAGGGCAGAGAAUAGCGAAAUCCAGGACACUACGGAACGUCGCCACCAAGCGUGUCCUGUCUGUGGGAAAUUGUUCAGAUUUAAAUCCCAGUUUGUUAUCCAUUGGAGAGUCCACUCGGGGGAGAAGCCCUACAAAUGCACAGAAUGCGGGAAGAGCUACAGCCAGUUGUCGUACCUACAUUCCCACCAAAAACUCCACUCCGGAGAGAAGCCCUAUCAAUGUACGGAAUGUGGGAAGAGCUUCAUCAAGAGCUCUGCGCUGACGGUCCACGCGAGAGUCCACACGGGAGAGAAGCCGUAUCAGUGCUCGGAGUGCGGGAAGAGCUUCACGUCGAACUCUGCGCUUUUGGUGCAUCAGAGGAAACAUACCGGGGAGAAGCCGUACCAGUGCGCCGUGUGCGGGAAGAGCUUCAACGAUGGUGGCGCAUACAGCAACCACCUGAAAAUCCACACGGGAGAGAAACCCUUCAAGUGCUUGGUGUGUGGGAAGAGCUUCCUCAGGGAUUACGCUCUUUUGGUGCAUCAGAGGAAGCACACUGGGGAGAAACCGUAUCAGUGCACAGAAUGCGGAAAGAGCUUCCGGGUCCGUAACACGUUGAUAGUACAUCAGAGGACCCACACUGGGGAGAAGCCGUAUCAAUGCGCGGAUUGUGGCAUGAGCUUCCGUCAUCGGGGAGCGUGCACCAGCCACCGAAGAACUUUCACAGGAGAGAAGCCGUACAAAUGCACUGAAUGCGGGAAAAGCUUCAGUCGGUCCCAGAACCUACGUUCACAUCAAAGGACCCACACCAAGGAGAAGCCGCACAGAUGCGCUGAAUGCGGGAAGGACUUUAGUGACAGUAGUUCAUGUAUCAAGCAUCAGAGGACCCACUCAGGGGAGAAGCCGUACAAGUGCACGGUGUGCGGGAAGACCUUUGUGGAUAGCGGGUCCUGCAUUAAGCAUGAAAGGACCCACACUGGGGAGAAACCCUACCAGUGCGCGGAGUGCGGGAGGAGGUUCAACCAGCGGGAAAGUCUCUAUGCACACCAGAGGACCCACUCAGGGGAGAAGCCGUUCAAAUGCUUGGAGUGCGGGAAGAGUUUCAGCCAGAGUGGAAACCUGACUUUACACCAGAGAACCCACACCGGGGAGAAGCCCUACCAGUGCAUGGAGUGCAAGAAGAGCUUCAGCAACGGCAGCGCAUUGAAGUUUAUUAUCCACUUGAGAGUCCACUCGGGGGAGAAGCCCUACAAAUGCACAGAAUGCGGGAAGAGCUACAGCCAGUUGUCGUACCUACAUGCGCACCAAAAACUCCACUCCGGGGAGAAGCCCUAUCAAUGUACGGAAUGUGGGAAGAGCUUCAUCAAGAGCUCUGCACUGACGGUCCACGCGAGAGUCCACACGGGAGAGAAGCCGUAUCAGUGCUCGGAGUGCGGGAAGAGCUUCACCUCGAACUCUGCGCUUUUGGUGCACCAGAGGAAGCACACCGGGGAGAAGCCGUACCAGUGCGCUAUAUGUGGGAAGAGCUUCAGCGACGGCGGCGCCUACAGUAACCACCUGAAAAUCCACACAGGAGAGAAACCCUUCAAGUGCUUGGUGUGCGGGAAGAGCUUCCUCCGGGACCAUGCUCUUUUGGUGCAUCAGAGGAGGCACACCGGAGAGAAGCCGUAUCAGUGCGCAGAAUGCGGAAAGAGCUUCCGGGCCCGUAACACGUUGAUAGUACAUCAGAGGACCCACACCGGGGAGAAGCCGUAUCAAUGCGCGGAUUGUGGCAUGAGUUUCCGUCACCAGGGAGCAUGCACCAGCCACCGAAGGACUUUCACGGGAGAGAAGCCGUACAAAUGCACCGAAUGUGACAAGAGCUUCAGUCGGUCUCAGAACCUACGUUCCCAUCAGAAGAUCCACACCAAGGAGAGGCCGCACAAAUGCGCAGAGUGCGGGAAGGGCUUUAGCGACAGCAGUUCGUGCAUCAAGCAUCAGAGGACCCACUCGGGGGAGAAGCCGUACAAGUGCAUGGUGUGCGGGAAGGCCUUUGUGGAUAGUGGGUCGUGCAUUAAGCACGAAAGGACCCACACUGGGGAGAAACCCUACCAGUGCGCGGAGUGCGGGAGGAGGUUCAACCACCGGGAAAGUCUCUGCGUACACCAGAGGAUCCACUCAGGAGAGAAGCCGUUCAAAUGCUUGGCCUGCGGGAAGAGCUUCAGCCAGAGCGGAAACCUGACUUCCCACCUGAGGACCCACACCGGGGAGAAGCCCUACCAGUGCAUGGAGUGCGGGAAGAGCUUCACCAGUGGCAGCACACUCAAGGUGCACCAGAGGACCCACACCGGGGAGAAGCCUUACGAGUGCCUGGAGUGCGGGAAGAGCUUCCAUGACAGGGGGUCCUACAUGCGGCAUCAGAAAACCCACAAGUCGCCAGAGGGUGAAGUGUUGCUGGGAUCACAGGGUUGCCCUUCUCCGGUGGUUCCCUUGUUGGCCGAUUCUCAGUGACUCUUUCAGCAAGAAUACUAUAUGCGCAGAAAUGGAAGAGCGCAACAACUUCAGCAUAACAGGGUUGUUAAAUCCGAAUGCUUUGGGUGAAACGGAUAUACUAUUUGGGAAAACCCGUUAAUGACAUGAAAACUCUGGGAUUUUGUCCUUACUAGAUCUUGAUGAGCUGAAGAAGUGUAUGAAUAAUGUUGUCGUCUAGGACUUAUUGUAAGAAAAGUAAAAAUAUGUUGUUGUAAAUUU